GCUGUGGAGAGGUGGGAGUGGUGGUGUUGAUGUCCGAAUAAGUAAAUGAGUUGGAUAGUGUCGGCACUUUAAAAAGUGUUUUAUAAGUUUAAAUUUUAACUGUAUGAAAACUAAGCUAAGCCAGCAGAAUUUGGCCAGUAAUGAGUCCACAUCUUCGCCGGGGCCUUCGACGCCAAAAUCAGCAACAGAGGCCAAAACGAUAUCACGUCCACUGGCCUCUGUAAACACGGAAUUAAAUUCUAAAAAUGAGUCAAUAACUUCAUAUGUCCGGGAAAUCGUAAAUUUAUACGUUCUGGACUGUAAAAAAAGGCCUGAUCCAUUUCAGCCGACUUUAGAGCCCAAAAACUCAUCUAAAAAUUCAGACUCAUUUUCACACUUAGUUUUAGGUGGCCGCGACGUCUCAAAUAUUUUCAGACGCUCAUUUGAAACUGUUCCAGAGCCCAGAAGGAAAGAUCUGCUCGAGAUCAGAAGCAUCUUGAGCACAUCUAACAAUGAAGAUUUGGAAUCUUUAGUUAACACACUGUGUGCAAUAAUAAGUUAUCAGCAGCUUUUGACACCAACUGCAAGACAAAAAUUUGCAAAUGAGCAUCUGCAAGCUUGGCUGAAAUCACAAGAUGGUGAAGCAUUUGCAGGAAAAGACUACGAAAAGAUAUACACAAGUUGGAAGAAUUAUCUCAGAAAACAUAUGCCGACUGGUGUUAAACUGUGUGACUACUUUUCAGCUGAUUUUCUCAGAGCCGUUCUAGUCCUGAACGCAGAUCGCAUAAGACUUGAACUAGAGAAGACAGCAUUCAAAUAUCAUCCAGAUCUGUUCAUCUCACUACUCUGUAAGCAGUGUGGAUUUAGUGAUGAACUUGCAAAUACAAUUGGCACAAUGAGUAGUGCUAAGGGGUACCAGAUCCAGUCACUGUUACCAUCAGAGACGGGCCUAGGAUUUCUACAUAGAGACGCCGGAGGCGCUAAAGAAGAAGAUUUGGGUAUAAUCACCUUUGAAUGUAUUACUAACGACAGAGAACCAGGACACAUGAUUAAGCUGAUCACGGUGAAGAAUAUUUUCUCCCGACAGUUGCCUAAAAUGCCCCGAGAAUACAUUGUGAGACUUGUGUUUGAUCGGAAUCAUUAUACGUUCUGUUUACUUAAGAAGGGCGAGGUGAUUGGAGGUAUCUGUUUCAGACCAUAUUUUGAGCAGAGGUUUGCAGAAAUCGCAUUUUUAGCCGUGAAAUCCACUGAACAAAUUAAAGGCUACGGGACCAGGAUUAUGAACCACCUCAAGGAACAUGUUAAAAAAAGUAAUAUUGAAUACUUUUUAACCUACGCUGAUAAUUUUGCCAUUGGCUACUUUAAGAAACAGGGCUUCUCACUCAAGAUCACAAUGCCCCGGGAACGCUGGUUUGGAUACAUUAAAGAUUAUGACGGAGGCACUCUCAUGGAAUGUUACAUAUCACCAAAUAUUAACUAUCUCAGACUUAGUGAUAUGCUAAGUCAGCAGAAGGCAAUUGUAGUCAAGUGUAUAGAAGCCAUUAAACCUCUCAAAGUCUACAGCGGUUUAAAUGUGUUUAAUAAAAACACCACUGUCACCAUAAAUCCCUGUGAUAUACCUGGGCUACUAGAGGCUGGCUGGACACCAACUCAGACCAGUAACCUCAACACUUUGGCCACCAGUGCCGAGCCUGAGGGACAGAAAAAAUCACUCAAGGCCUCGAUAUUAGAAUUGUUAAACACUUUAAAUAAACAACAAAGUGUUUGGCCCUUUAGGAAACCUGUAAAGCAAUCUGAGGCACCAGACUACUAUGAAAUUAUUACUCAUCCCACUGACAUCUCAACAAUGAAAAGAAAGGCAAAACUGGGAGAAUACAAGACAAAGGAACAAUUCGGCGAAGAACUCAAGAGAAUGUUCGAUAAUUGCAGGCUAUAUAACACCUCACACACCAUCUACUACAAAUACGCAAACGAACUCCAAGCAUUCAUAUGGCCACAAUAUGAAAAUAUUCAAGAAUAAUUUAAUCCCACAUUACCACCCAUACUUUUAUUUAAACCUAUACCUACAUUUAAGCCUA